GAGAGAGAGUGUGUGUGUGUGUUCAUUUUAGAAGUCUACCUUUCUGUCAUCAUAUUUACAUAUCCUUUUUGCCACUUUUUCUUUUUUUUAAUUUCAUGCAGGACACACGGUUAACAGCUACACGGCUUCAGUUGUGGACUGGUUGAGAAGUGUGAAGUUUAUAUCCUGAGGGUUUCCUGCUGUUUGCCCUGUUAUGGAGAGACGUCCUCAUGAUUUGGGAGAGCUAACAGCACACCAUGAUGAAAGCCUUCAGCCUUCUGAAGUGGAACCACAAAUACAACUCAAUCAAAAGGAGCCUGAGGAGGGAGAAAUGGAGGCUGAAGAGAUGUUGUCAAGCACGAAUCCUCACCCCUUGCUGCCUGCGUAUGCACUAGAGGAAUUUGAGUUCCCUGUUCAUCUACAUGAGAUGCCCCUUUUCCCCAAGUGGCGCCUCCCUCUCAAGCUCAUGGCUGUGUUUUUGACUGUGGCAUUUGUGUAUACAUUCCUCCGGGAUGUGCUGCAGCCUUAUGUGUCUCAGAGUAAAAAUGACUUUUACAAGAUUCCCAUCCUGUUGUUAAAUAAAGUUCUACCCUGGACAUCAAUCACUCUGCUGGCACUUGUCUAUCUGCCUGGAGGGCUGGCUGCUCUGCUGCAAAUAUACAGAGGCACUAAAUACAGCUCUUUCCCAGUUUGGCUGGAAAAUUGGAUGGGUGUGAGGAAACAGUUGGGUCUGCUGGCCUUCUUCCUGGCCUGCCUACAUGCCAUUUACAGCCUGAGCUACCCAAUGAGACGCUCUUACAGAUACAAACUCCUCAACUGGGCCUACCAGCAGGUGCAACAGAAGAAUGAGAACUCAUGGGUAGAGGAUGAUGUCUGGAGGAUGGAGAUCUACAUUUCACUAGGAAUCCUGGGACUGGGAAUUCUGGCUUUGGUGGCCGUCUCCUCCCUGCCCUCGGUUAUGAACACACUAAACUGGAGAGAGUUUCAGUGUGUCCAGAGAACUCUGGGACAUGCAGCCCUGUUUUUGUGCACGGCUCACGCUCUGGUGUAUGGAUGGAGGAAGUGGGUGGAGGUGAAGCAGUAUAUAUGGUACACACCACCAUCAUUUAUACUGGCCACCUUCCUCCCAGGUGUGGUGUUACUGCUCAAGGCUGUGUUGGCUAUGCCCUGUUUCAGCAAGAGACUGGAACGCAUUCAACAUGGCUGGGAAAGACCUGGGCAAAAGCGAUUAAUAGACAAGGACUCAUUCUGACUCACUGUCUUGGAGGCAUAUAGUUUUAAAUUUGUCUUCACUAAUGUUGGGUUUCAAGUAAUGAUUGUUUUUCAGAGUGCUGUUUUUCACAACUUGUGAAUGAUGUUUGAUUUGUUUGUACUAUCAUGCAUCACGACAUUUACGUAUCAAUUAAUAUGAUCUCUUCUGCUUAUUUUACAGUAGUUAGUAAUUAAUAUAGUACAAUUUUUAUAUUGUUGUUGUUAUGGUACAUUGUUCUGUUUAAAAGAAAGGAAAAUCAGUUUUGUGACAGAUGCAUGAUUCCCCAUCAUGACUACAACAUUAAGGCAUCACAAACCGAUUCAGAUCACAAACAUCACCAGUAUCUUGCACUCCAUUUUGGCAUAUUUAUUAGCAGCUUAAGUUAGGUUUGAGUCAGGUGGGCUUUACAUUAGACCGUAUCAGCGGAUCAUCAGAUUAACGUUUUUAAAACGAUUAGCGUGCACACAGCAACACCAAUACACGAUUCGCGUGCACACAGCAACACCAAUACAUGGAUGCGCUCGGCUCCGCAGGCAUCCUGCGCUCCAAAUCACUCCGCCCUGAACAGCGAGUGCCCUCCGGCCCUGCGCAGCUCACAGAGCGCGUGAGUAUAGCGCACGAGCAGUGAUUCGGGACUGAGCCGCUGUGUGUGUGAUCCCAGUGCAUAUCACUUACCACUUGCAAGUGGAAGGAUGGCAAGCCUAAAGACAAUCAUAACUACACAAUGGGCAGUAUUUGCAUCAGUAUUUGCAGUAUUUUCAUACUUUUAUACUCUUUAAUGAAAGGUGAUACAAGGCGGAAGUCCGCGCUGUUUUUCAGCAGUCGCGUCACAUGACCAACGCCAGCGAAUCAGGAAGGUGGAUGUCACAGUGACGUUGUCCAAUGACGACGCCGGCUAGAGCUCAGCACAGCGUAUCCGCGUAUUCUCAAUGUUUACACAGCACCGGACCAGACACGAUCUAGAUUGAAUACGUGGACCCUGGCGGAUUCCCGUUUCCCGGCGUUUCCAGGCGUUUUAAUGUAAACGGACAGUGCAUCCGCGAAGAAAAUGAGACAGAUACGGUCUAAUGUAAACUUGGCCUCAGUGUUCAGUCACUCUUCAAAACUGCUUGUGAAAUGUGAUAAGUGGGGGAAAGCAAAGCUAUGCAUUGCAGCAAUGUCCUAAAUUAUACACUGUUGUACUAAAUAGUAUGUUAUAUAGUAGUAUGAUAUCAAGGGUGACAUUCGCCACCUUGCUAAUUUGAUCUAUGUAUUAGUAAGGUACAAUGUGUGUGUGUAUAUAUAAAUGCAACCAUUGUUUGAA